AAGAACUGUAAAUAACGGCGGGCAUCCCGGGUUUCUCGAAAAUACCGCGUACUUUGGGUUCUUUGAAACUAAGUGUGUAAUUCUGGAUCCACCACAUUUCAGUGACGGUAUUGUGGAAAAAUGUCUAAUUUCGCCAAUCUUAUAAUCACCACAAAUGCAUCAAAAUUAAGAUCUGAAAAACGUUAUCCGCUUGAUAUAACUUUAGGCCAAAUGAAGGAGAAGCUAGUUUUAGUUACAGGUUGCGAUAACCGUACAAUGAAGGUAGAGUUGUUUGAUAAAGAAGAUAGAUCCCUGGGUCAAUUAGUUGGUGAUGACAAACUACUUUAUGAUUUCGGUAUUGAGGAUGGGAUGCACAUUCAUGUAGCAGAUCCAACGAUACAAGAUGGAGCAUACGACCAAGUUGAGGAACCUGUCGAAACUUACCAAAUGUCGGCCGAGGAGUAUGCAAAACGUGAGGAAUCAGUAUUGGCAUGGAAACGGCGUAACAAAAUCGGGCAAUUUCGAGACGUUGAUCCUGAGGAAAAUAAACGGACAGAAGAACAACGUCAAUUGGCAGAAUUGAAAGAAAAACAAGAUGCCGAAUCAUUAUCUAUAGGUUCUCGGUGUGAAGUUCGGAUUCCUGGUCAACCGACAAAACGAGGUGUAAUAGAAUUUGUUGGUAAGUAUAUAACCUAUAGGUUUUUUUUCACUGGACUUUUCAUAGAAUCCAACUUUCCAACUAUUCCUAUUCUGAUGAUAUGCAUCCGUUUGUCAAGCACACGUUUAUGUACUUAAUUUUCAGAGGAUCAGUGAUAUAACCUCAGUUAUUCAGAUCAAAGUGGUUUAAACGAAGUUCGAACCUGGAACUUGUUAGCUGAAAGUUGAGUCUUUUAACUACUAAGUAUUCAUUUCGUAAAACUAUUCUAUAGGAUACUUGCAACAUCAAGUGUAAUGCUAUAUUUUCAACUGUUUAAGGUAUAUUGAUGGCAGAUGAGUAAAGAUAAGAAGCCUCCUCUGAGCCAAACCAAAUUUAAACCUGGUUAUUGGGUCGGAGUUCGUUAUGAUGAACCUUUGGGAAGAAAUGACGGAAGUAUUGAUGGAGUACGAUAUUUUCAAUGUCCAGAAAAGUAUGGUGCAUUUGUAAAACCGCAAUAUGUUGAGGCUGGUGACUUUCCUGAACUUGGUAUUGAUGAUCUAGAUGAAAUUUAAUUACUUAUGAUCUUUAUACCAAUCUACUUGUAUAAAACUAAGAAAAUAUUUUUAUACAUUCAAUGGAAAAUAUAUCAAGCAUAAUAUAUUUGAUAACUUGCAAUGUAUAAUAAAAAAUAGUCAUAAUUGGUUCUGUUUGUUUGUGAUCAAUUUCUACCUUAAUUAUCUAUGAUAGUGCAAUGAAAUAGAAUGUCACGGUGUAUAGUUUUUGUUAUUUCGUUGAAUACAGAAGAAAUAAUGAAUU